AUGAAUCAGAAUCAGUGCAAAAAUCGAAGAUACUUGCACGAGACUAUAACUCAUAUCAACACCGCACUGCAAAAAGCAAAACUAGAAGAACAAAACAAAUUAAUAGAACAGCUCAAAUAUAAUAAAAUUGUUGACGCAUCACAACAGUCCUUGAAUACUAUGAAGGAAGACAUCCGAAGGACGUAUUACGAAAUAGACAAACAUCUCAAACCGAAAAUUAAAAAUCUAACAAACGAGCUGAAAAUUAAAGAAUUUGAAGAACCAUCUCUUAUAUUGCAUUGUUUAAAAGUACCUCAAUUUCUUCAAAGAAUGGAAGCCAGGGCGAGAGAGCGUGAAGAAAAGCAUGCCUUGAUAAGAGAAAGAAGACAGCAAAUAGAAGAAGAACGUAUUCGACUUAAACAACAGGCGGAACUAGCGAAACUAGAAAUGGAUAGAGAAGAAAAAUUAAAAAGAAUUAAAGAAUUAAAAGACAAACGUAAAAAAGAGAAAAUUGAAAAUAUAAGGAAGAAACAACACGCGGAAAGAAUGAGAGCUCUAAUCGUAAUGGCAGAUUUACAUUACGAAAGAAAUUUGAUGACAAAAUAUGGCAUCAGGCCAUUGAGGCGUUUAAUGGAAAUGAAGCAAGAUAAUAUCGAAAAAGCGAAGAGGCAUUAUAGAUUCCAGUUGUUGAAGAAUUUGUUCUUACAUUGGAUGUGGUACACGGAAGAUAAGUGGUUUGAAAGGAAUUAUAAAGCGGAAGAAUUUUAUAGAAAGAAAAUAUUAACCAAAAUCUUUAAUGGUUUUAAAAUGAACCAUCACGAAUAUAUUCUGAAAAAACAAGUGGCCGAAGAUUAUUACGAUUUAUAUGUUACAAAUUUGGUUUUCCGCAAAUUCCGUGACGCCAUAAGGGUUAUAAGGCAAGAAAACGAAUUUAAAUGGAAAAAAGCUGUAGUAUAUCAUAACAGCAAUAUAUUAUUCAAAACGUUUACCUGCUGGCGUACGUUACCCGCUUUGAACGCUUUGAAAAGAGAACAAGAAAUCCCAAUCGAUAGACAUGGCAAAUCAAGAUCUUUAAGUCUGAGAGGCAUUUAUUUAAAUGAACCGUCUACGCUGAAAAGUUUGCAUUUAUCUGAUGUAAGCAAAGAUAUUCAAGAUAAAAGAUUCGAUUCAGAUGCCAAAGGGAAUUGUGAUGUAAAAGAGAAGCUAUGUUUUAGGCCUUUCACUUCUUUAAUACCUAAAAUGAGUUAUAGUGCUGAGAAGAUAAAUGUAAGAAAUCCGCGUAUAUUAGACCUUAGGGAGAAACUGAAUGAAAUAACAAAGAAACAGGAUCGAAACGUCGAUAAGAUGACCAAAGGAUUCAUAAACGAACAACUUAUAGAGGAGAAAGAUUUAGAUGAAUCUGGACCUUACAGCCUUUUAUUCGAUCUCCAUACAAAUCCAUCAACUUCAGCAAAGCAAAUAUCAUCAAGUGAUUCAUGGUGUUCGAAGGGUAAUGAAGACCUCCUAGAAUCUAAGUCACAGAGCUUGAGUGGACUUACAAGUUUAACUAACAAAAGUAUGGAUCGGUUGCCAAACGUAGUCAAUUUCGACAAUAAACCUUUAAAGGAAUUCGAAUACUCCUGCGAAAAUGAUUUUCACAAUCCAGUUAAAAAACCAUUCAGUACACAAUCGAGGUCUGAUCUCUGUUUACAAUUGAAAUCUCAUAUAAAUUCUCGAACGUACGAAACGAAUUUAAGUCCGAACGACAACUCAAUCAGCAGAAACAACGAAGAAAACUCUUUAGAUGACAGCUUGGGAAUACUCACGCCGGAUCAGAUGGACGACAUAUGUUACUUGGAAAACGCAUUUUCUCCGACCGUGGAAGGUCUGCCAAACUUUUGUGAUAACAGUGAUUAUAAAACAUCCCCGGAUAAUGGAGAUACUCCAUCAACUGAUAAAACAGAAAGCAAUUCAGCGGCUUCAACUAUACAGAAUGAUGGAUUUGAAAGUAUGAAUAAAUUUACCAAACAUAGAGAAUCGUUAGCACCUAUAGCUACGUUGGAUGCUAUCGAUCCUCUUAACGGCGAGGAAAAUGAUUUCAAACCAAUCUGUCUUUCCAUCAAAGACACAACCGAACAAGAAAAUUUUUCAAUUGAAAAUGAAAGUGAAAUAAUAAAAAAAGAUACCGUUGCCAGCUUCAUCGAUGAGGAGUUUUUACCAUCUAUACACGGCAGCAUAUUAGAGCCUGCUAGCUCCAUUGCAGACACAACGGUCAAUUUAGAGAUACCUCUAGACUGCAAGCAUGGAACAUCGUUGUUAACUAACAGAAUAGAACAGACCCCUUCACCUGAAGAUUUACCUCUCGAUAGCUCGGAUAUCAAUGGUGAAAUAAGUACAUACUCACAGUUUUCUGCGUCCACAUUGCACGACUCACAAACAUAUUCCGACAGCAAGAACGAUAAAUCAAUGGAAACUUCUAAAGUAUCUAAUAGUUUUAUUACCAGCAUAACAAGUAUUACGAGUCUAGAUGGCUAUCAGGGUGACGGUGAAAUGUCCAGACCAGUGAGUCGAAGUGCUGAGCAUAACGCUUCUAUAAGGGAAGACGCUAUUGAAAUGGACUGGCAAAAUGUACCCGUGACACGUCGAGUUGAUCCGAUGACUGAUUCAGAUUUCUUCACUGAAAGCGACGCUGAUGGUUUAGAUGAGCACAUCCAACGAGGAGAUAGGAGGGCACAAGUCAUUGACGGCGCACUUUAUGGCGGCAAAAAUAGUAACGGGAAUGCUCCCUUAAUAGUCAACAGAAGCGAAGAUUCGUGCAUGGAAUCCAGCGGUGUUUAUACCGAUUUUGAGAACCAUCGUGCGUCUCCUGUUUUCCUUAACGUCAUCAACGACAUGUCUCCCGUAUCCACAACAUCAACACACUCUGAAUGCAGCCAAAAGAGCGUCGGUCACGGUAAAGUUAUAACGUGCUUCACUCCUGUGGAAGAUACUGUGGAAGAACAGAAUUCUGACGCUUCACAUAUCAUAGAUGAAGAUGAGACUCCUAAGAACACUAGCAAAAGAAACUCUCUGAACAGCGUCAAAGAUGUCAGAUGCAACGACAAAAAAGAGGAGAAAAGAAGUUUCACUUUAAAGAAGUACAAAAUGCCUAAACGUGAUGUGCCUAGUAAGUUAAAAACUAUGCUAGCCAGCAGAAAAACCGACGCUGACAACAGUAUACAGAGCAGUCCGAAAACAGCGAAGAAAGCUGAUAGGAGAGAAAACUUUUUGAAGAAGAACAUGGAUAUAAAAAUUGAUUAUAAGACGAAAUCUUUCAAAGAUAUUAAAUCUAAAGUGGACUGUUCCUUCACUCUCCAACGUUCCCAAACAUCUUGCAGCGUCACGAGGUUGCUGAGCUCAAAAUCUACGAACAGCAGUAAUAAACCUAAAAGUCGUCAUAUGCGUAUGCGCAUGGAUAUCGGCUCAGCUAACGGCAGCGGUAAGAGCAGCCUUCACAGUUCUCAAAGCGAUAUCAGCGCUUCCAGCACGCCGCUAGGAAAACAUUCAACCAGCCGAUUUCCUUUACUCCGAGUAGUUCCGAGAAAUAUCCGUCCAAACUGCCCGUCCCUAGCGAUAAGGCGGAUAAAAAAUAUAAAUUGGCCGUCAAUCGUGAGAGAUUCGGUUCCUUUGGUGCCAGAGGAAAUGGGAAAAAGCGUGAUAGCGUCCCGACCCCUACAACCCCUAGUCGACCCCAGACGGCGCCACAACCCCCGACAGUGGCAAAGAAAAAUGGCGUCGUGCAAAAAUUAUCGUCUUCGCCGGUGUCAGUGCGGGCGCGGACCUCGCUCGCCCCCCCUCCCUCCCCGCGUAAACCAGUCGCCCACCGCCCCGCGCAGAGACCAAGCACUCUCGCAACCACCAAAGGUGAGAUUGAUAACCCUUAUCUUUAAUGACAAACAGCCCAUGACUAAUGAUUUUAUUUGUAUUUUUAGUCUAAUUAUAUGGAUUACAUUAAAGUGCAUACAAUAUAAAUAUACAUAUUAA